AUGUCGCGAAGUUUUACGAUCCGCGUGCCGUGCACGUCGUCCAACAUCGGGCCUGGGUUCGAUGUGGUCGGACUGUCGCUUUCGCUCUACCUUACGCUUUCGGUCAGCGUCUCGUCGGCCACCAACGCAGCGCCUACGCUGGCGUAUACGGGACUCGGGGCGGAAGAAGCGCCGCUGGAUCCGUACCAGAACCUGACCACACGCACGGCGCUGUACGUGUUGCGUUCCAACGGCAUCUCUGGCUUCCCCGCGGGCGUGGAGAUCAAGGUGCACAAUGAAGUGCCCUUUGGCCGCGGGUUGGGAUCGUCCGGUGCAGCGGUGGUAGCAGGUCUGUUGCUCGGUAACGAGCUGGGUCAGUUGGGGCUUAGCAAGGAUCGACUGCUCGACCACGCACUCAUGAUCGAGAGGCAUCCGGACAACGUCACUGCCGCUUUGAUUGGCGGAUUUGUGGGGUCGUAUUUGCUGGAUCUAUCGCCCGAAGAAGAGGAGAGGAGGGACGUUCCGCUGUCCGAGGUGAUUCCAGAGUACCCAAGCGAUGCGUCGGUAGAGUGGGGUAAGAACCCGCCACAGCCUCCACACGGCAUCGGACACUAUAUCCGCUUCGACUGGGCCAAGGAGAUCAAAGUCAUUGCGAUCAUCCCGGACUUUCAGGUCAGCACGGCAAAGGCACGCGCCGUGUUGCCCACUACGUACUCCAAGGCGGAUAUGAUCUUUAACCUCCAAAGGCUGGCAGUGCUUACAACCGCGCUUACGAGGUCGCCGCCCGAUGCGGAGCUGAUCUAUCAGGCCAUGCAGGAUCGAGUGCACCAACCCUACCGCAAACACUUGAUUCCCGGCUUGCCAGAUGUACUGGCGAGUGUGACGCCCAAGACGCACCCCGGAUUGUUGGGCAUCUGUCUGUCCGGUGCGGGCCCGACGAUUUUGGCGCUUGCGACGGAGAACGAGGAAAGGAUUGCAGAGGAGAUUGUGGAGACGUUCAGGAAGAACGGGAUCGAAAAGUGCGAUGCCAAGUUCCUCAGUGUCACCACCGACGGCGCCCAGGUCCUCCCCUAA